AUGUUCGCGGGGGUGCUGAAGCUGCUGCGCCCUUGGCUGCGGCCUUGCUCCCCGGGGCAGCUGCUGAUGCCAGCGCGGCUCAGAGUGGAUCCGGAGGAGCUGCCUGGCACACUGCCGCGCAGAGUGGUGGCGCUGACCAAAGCGGCGAAUCUGGAAGACCUCCGCUUGAAGCUGCAGUGGCAAGGCUCAGGAGAGAUGAGAUGCGUGUGCCUCCUGAUGCGGCAAGACGGUGUGCUGCUGAAGCAUGUCUGGGAAGGUGCAGCCGGGGAGCCGGGCAUCCGCUACAACCAGCAGCCCAGCCGCGAGAUCGAGCUAGAGGACGACGAGGCGGAGAUUUGGGAGGGGGACUGGGUGGGCUUGCAGCUGCGCAAGCUGCCCGAGUCGGUCUUCGGGGUGGUCUUUGUGUUGGCUGCUACCGAAGAGACCUUUCCCUGGGCAUCGUCGCACGCCUUGACCAACUUCCAGGAGCUGACUUUGACGCUUUGCCGGGAGAACGACACGCUCUGGAGAUACCGCCAGCCACAGUUGCGGGAGGAGUGCAACGCCCUGGCCAGCUGCUGCCUCUACCGCGGUUCCCGGCAGAGCUGGCGCUUGGAGCCCAUGAACCUGGCCAUGCGCCUGGUGUACAUUGACAAGGCGCGCUGGCGUGAGGGCUGCGCCUGA